GUCCGGGGCUCAGUCUGGCAGCGGCGGCCGCGGCGAGCGGAGCUCCGGGGCCGCCAUGGCCGCGGGGGCGCUGGGGGCUGUCCCGGCUGAGCCGCCGCCGCCGCCGCCGGGCCGCCUGCCCGGAGGAGCCGGCACUGAGCGCGCCCUGGAAGAAGCAGAGGCCUCCGGUACCCUCAGUCUGGCCGGCCGGCGGCUGCGCGCCUUCCCGGCGGCGCGGCGCUGGGACCUCAGCGACACCACACAGGCCGACCUGUCCCGGAACCGUUUCGGCGAGGUGCCGGAGGCCGCCUGCCGCCUGGUCUCGCUGGAGGGGCUGAGCCUGCACCACAACUGCCUGCGCAGCGUCCCGCCGGCCAUCGCCAACCUGCAGGCCCUGGCACACCUGGACCUCAGCCGCAACCAGCUGAGCUCGCUGCCCGCCUGCCUGUGCCUGCUGCCCCUGCGCGUCCUCAACGCCAGCAACAACCGCCUGGCCGCGCUGCCGCCGAACCUGGGCGCCCUGCGCACGCUGCGGCAGCUGGAUGUGGGCUCCAACCGGCUGCGGGCGCUGCCGCCGGGGCUGGGGCAGCUGCGGGCGCUGCGGGACCUCAGCGUGCGGCGGAACCAGCUGGCGGCGCUGCCCGAGGAGCUCUCGGAGCUGCCGCUGGUCCGGCUGGAUUUCUCCUGCAACCGGGUGCUGGCGAUCCCGCGCUGCUUCCGGCGGCUCCGGCACCUGCAGACGCUGCUGGCGGACAACAACCCCCUGCAGUUCCCCCCCGCCCAGGUCUGCCUGAAGGGCAAAGUCCACAUCUUCAAGUACCUGGAAGCCGAGGCUGCCGCCCAUCCUCCGCCCGCAUGCCCCCCGGACGAGCCGUGUCCCCUCCGGCAGCGGGGGGGGCUGGACUCCGGCUUCCACAGCGUCGACAGCGGCAGCAAGCGCUGGUCGGGGAACGAGUCCACGGAUGAGUCCUCGGAGCCGUCCCGGCAGCACAGGGAGGCACACGGCGGGGCAGCUGGGGACAGUGACCCGGAGCAGCUGGAGGAGGAGCCCUGGCCCGAGGUGAUGUCCCCCGGAUGGCCCCGACGGAGCCCCCGGCAGCCCCCCAGAACCCAGCGCCUGCCUGGGCUGCUCUUCGCCCUCUUCUACGGCCUCCUCAUGGCGUUGCUCGUGGCCGCGCACCGCGCGCUCUUCGUCUUCGCCCUCUUCUACGGCCUCCUCAUGGCGUUGCUCGUGGCAGCGCACCGCGCGCUCUUCGGCUGCUGAGGGACCCCCCAAAACCAUGGGGAGCCCCCCCAAAACCAUGGGGAGCCCCCCCAGACCAUGGGGAACCCCCCCAGAACCCGGGGGAGCCCCCCCGAACCCGGGGGGGGGUCCCCGCCUUCGCACCUUUCCUUGCCCCCCUUCUUUUCUUGUGCCUUAACGCUGGGGAAACUGAGGCAGGGAAGGGGGAGGGGCUGAACCCCUUGUGGCCCCCCCCUUAAUUAUUGGUAUUGUAAUUAAUUAUGAUGAGUUAUUAUGAGUUUUAUUAUUAUAACGAGUUUCGGUAUUAUAAUGAGUUGUUACACGGGACUGUGAGCGUAAUAAGUUAAUUAUUGCAGUUAAUUAUGGUGAAAGAACACUAAGAUGCGGAUGACCAAAAUUUAUUGUAAUUAAUUAUUAUUAAAAUUAUUAUAUUUAACUACGA